UCAACACAAACGAUAAACAUAUUGCGUUUAAUGAAAACCCGCUUGCUAGAGGUUAAAUUAAAUACGAAAUAAUGUUUUUUUCACCGGACACUGAGGGCUGUGGGAAUUUGUAGGAACUGUAUUGUAAUCAGCAGAAAACUACAUUUCACAGAGUACACCGUUGCUUAGCUGUAUAUGCUGUUCAUGGCGUCUGGCCGAGGGCUAAGGACAAGUCGAUUUCUUACCAACAGAUCAAUUUAAAGGUGUUUUAGUUUUCUCUCCAUGGAGGUGGAGUGUGUCGGCGUGGAGGAGGAAAGGCGGCUGACCCAGUUGAGGUUUGAUGCUGCCGUGAAAGUGAUCAAGAGUUUGCCCCCGGAUGGUCCCUUUCAGCCCUCAAAUGACAUGAUGUUGAAGUUCUACAGUUAUUAUAAACAAGCUACGAUUGGAGAAUGCGAUAUACCCCGACCUGGCUUCUGGGACGCAGUCGGCAAAGCUAAAUGGGAUGCAUGGAACAAUUUGGGAGAUAUGUCAAGAGAAGAAGCCAUGGCAGCUUAUGUUGAUGAAAUGAAACUGAUCCUGGAGGGCAUGCCUGUGACCGACGAGGUGGAGGAGCUCCUGCGGAUCCUCGGCCCCUUCUACGAGCUGGUUGAUGAGAAGAAGAGGAUCUCCCAGAUAUCGGACCUGAGCAGCGCCCGUUUGACCCAGUUUGUUAGGCAACUGGAAGGGUUUGGAAAUGCGCUGAAUACAAUGACAUCAAAUAGUGUCACAAAGAGCAUCAUUAGAAACAUGGAAAUGAAUGGCACUCUGGAGACUCGUCCUGCAAGACUAAAACAAAAGCAAGAUUUGGAAGAGGAGGAAGAGGAGGAGGAGGACGAUGAUGAUGAUGAUGAGGACGACGACGACGAGGAGGACGAGGAAGAAGAAGAAGAAGAAGAGGAGAUAACAGAGGUCAAAAGAGCCUCACAACCAAAGAAGAAGAGUUCAAGCAGGAGACAGAAAGCCCCUCUCUCAAAUGGCAAACUGGCAAAUGGGGUCACCCACGUGAUAAACGGGAGUAAUUCCAGAGCGGCCCUGACCAGUGACUCCGUCUGCAGGCCUCCUCUUAACGGACACCACGCAGAUCCAAAAAGCAACCACCUGGCCAGUGACUCAGACAGCGAAGUGUACUGUGAUUCUGUGGACCUGUUGGGCCAAGAGGAGGGCGCAGACCACGACCGCUCUCUGGAGGAAGAUGUCCUGCUGGCUACCGAGGACGGGCAGGUGGUUGUUCACGGUCCCCCGCAGGGCGUCAGGUGUGGCGGAGAGGAGGGAGAGGCGAGUGGAACGUCGUCACAGAGACGGGGGCUAAAUGUUGACAUGGCGGGGAGAUCCUUGGUCAGAAGAGGACGGGGUUCCAGGUCCCCAGGCUCCGGCUCUGGAUCUCUGAUGCACUCGCACAGCGGUGGAGAUGGAGACGGGGGCCGCCAGGGGGGCGCAGGGACGCCCAGCGAGAGCCUGAAUGAGCAGAUAGUUGUGGCCCUGGCCCGGCUGCAGGAGGACAUGCAGAGUGUUCUGGAGAGGAUGCACACCCUGGAGGCUCUGACUGCCAGUCAGGCAAGAUCAGUAGCUCUUUCACCUACUUGCGUAUCACCUUCAGUGACUAAGAGGAGUCAGAAACCAUCCUGGUGGCCUUUUGACAUUUCACCUUCCAGUUUGGCCUUUGCUCUGGUAUGGCCGUUUGUGGUCCAGUGGCUUAUCCGUCUGUACUUCCAGAGGAGGAGAAGACGCGUGAACUGAUUCAGCUCACAGCCAAAUACCCGCGGGCACAGACGACAAGUCCCUCAAAUGUCUCUGGUUUAGCUGCUGAUGGCUGCAACUUCCUCCCUCCUCUUUCUUAGACUCACAGCCCAAUAAUUUGCUUUUGCACUAUGAAGAAGGUAUCUAGAUGGCUAGCGAGAGGAGCGUCGCCUCUCGAGCAAGUUGCACUGGGAAUGUGGAAUCAAAGGGGAAUAUGAAUGUAUGGGCCUGUGAUUUUACAACGUUUUUUAGCUGAUACCACUGUACUAGCAUCUGGACAUAUACAGUUGGAGUAUUGAUAGUGUGGCUGUAAAACUAAAGUAGCUUCUUGGUUAUUUAUGUAACUUAGGCUUUGUUGCACAGAAUUUUCACAAUUUCAUUAGCUGCCCAGGAGAUGCUGCUAUAAAUAAAAGUUGUAAUAACUGUAGAAUAGAAGUGAGGAUUGAAUGUAAUAUUGAAUGUGAGAUUAUUUUCUAAUUCUGAGACUAAGUUAAUAUUUAUUGUUUUUUGCAAGAGUUGCAGUGAAGUUACUCUUGGCCAAAAUUCAUCUGUGUGAGUGAGGUUUUUGUUCAAGCUGACCACUCGCUGCAUCAGCUCCCAGGCUCUCACUUGUCCUGCUUCAUAUCAGCAUCGUAGUACCGCCCCCAUUCUUAGCAAUUUACACUGGUACAGAAUGUACCAAACUAAUCACAGUGGGGUGGAGGCGGGCUUUAAGAAAUGACUAAUAACACACCACCGUCCAAGAGUUACUGUUAAAAACAAACGAAGAUGAGUGCAGAAAUGUACUACUGUAUUAAUUUCUACUGCAGAACUCAAAGCCGAGUCCGGCAGAGGAAUCAGAUUAAUUCCUAAUAGUUAAGAGGAAAGAAAUGAUGCCUCAUUUCCACUUUUGUUAAUCUAUUUAUCACGAAGAAAACCUGUGUAAUCUGACAUAGCAAUGAAACUCCUCUUACUGGUCUUUCUCUUAUUUGUCUCACGUCCGAUGAAAGGUUUUUGACCAUGUAGAGAAAUCGUGUUGGCUGUUAGCUAGGAGCUAAAGUCAUUUUCUCUCCUGGUGUCGGCAUUAGCAACUCUAGCAUUGUUA